AUGAGCAACAAUAGCCAGAGACUGCUGCUCGAGGUGCCGCUCUUUACUAAUGGCUACAAGUACAAGGUGUCUAUGAGGAGUGAUAUGGCCUGUCCAACUGGGAUAAAGAAGGGUGACUGGGGUGCUGUUUUCAAAAGGGCCUAUGCCUCAGCCGCUUCAGAUUGGCAGGUGAUGUUUCAGACGGCGCAGCCGGGGGAGUUGCCCAUUAGCCUUAACACGGCUAAGAUGAGUGGAUAUACAUUUGACUUGACAGAUGGAAGGCUUGUAUUUCGUACUCCGUAUGGACAACCUGAAUCAUACACCACUAAGGUGAAUGGUGUUCCAGUAGAGGUGGUCCAUGCAACCCUGUUGUCCCGACUAAGCUGGGUUUCAGUCGUGGUUGACCUGGUGGCUGCUUGCUCAAUGGCCUAUAAGGCUGAAGGAGGAUACAGGAAGAGCAUUGUGUCUGGGAACCUCUACAAGUUCUUCAUCUUUCAUCUCUACUUGGAGCAAAUCUCAGUGGAUGAGGGUCAUGGUGACACCAGACUUCGCAUUCACAGGACACUGGCCACUCCCCUGUUGCCAUGCCAUAUUUUCACUGAAAACAGAACAGUUUCUGAAGAGCGCACAUUCACUGUCUACCUAGGGGACGUCCCGGAAGACGUUGAGUUGGUUGCAGUUAAUUUGAAUGGACGGGAUUUUACAGUUCCCUUCACAAAUACAAGCAGCCACAACAUCACAAAAGUUGUUGUUCCCAACCACACUCAUGGCUACAUUCUGAAGGUGCCUUUUGAUGAUCCUGUUGUCAUGCAGCAGUUAAUCAAAGAUGCAACAGUUCAGUACAGGCUUGACAUCAACUACACCCUGACUGUUCUGCCUGAGAAUGAGCCUUUUUACCAACUAGCUUCAAUGACGGCGGUAACAGAUGCCUCUCCUCCAGCCUUUGAUGCCGUCUGUUCUGAGUCUGGCAUCAGCUUCAAACUGGACCACCGGCCUAUUGAUACCCUGUGGGAGAUCAGUAUAGGCUCAGAGCUGCUGACAUCAGAGCUGGCAGCCAAGUACGGCUACAUCAUGAGCAACAAUAGCCAGAGACUGCUGCUCGAGGUGCCGCUCUUUACUAAUGGCUACAAGUACAAGAACAUUGCUUUAAAGGACUUCGUUGGCACUUUUGAGCUACUCAUGCGGAAUGGGGAAACGGAGGUCCAAAUUUCAACUGUCAAGACUUGUCAGUUCUCUGCUACUGAACUAAUUGUGUGUUCAGCUGAUGGCAGGAUAACUGUGGUGGCUGACUUGUCUCUGGCCAUCACAAGUGAAGGAGUUCCUGCUCAAAUCAACCUGUUGGACAAAAACUGUAGACCCAAAGAGAUGGACGGCACCAGGGCUCUCUUCUCGUUUCCAAUCAAUGGCUGUGGAUCCACAGUAGAGCUUGGCAAGGAGUCUGUGACUUACAAAAACGAGAUAAUCUUCAGCAAGGAGUUAAAUGCAUCAACUGUCUCCGGCAAUGAUUUUGACAGGGUGACAAUCCAGUGUACAUAUGCUCUGGCUGGACUACUCUCAGUAUACAGGUUUCAGUCUGACGCAGCUGGUGUUGGCCGUAUUGUGCAUUCGGCACACUCCACUGAAGGUCUACUGGGUCCCACCAUCAAGCCCACUACAAUGCUUCAAACUUUGUCCACUCAAAGACAUGUAUCCAGCUUCCCAAACAAUGUCUCAAGCGCUAGCGUUCCAGGAAUUGUCUCUAGCCCUGUUGCUAGCAUGUCAAGCAACGUCUCUAGCAUUCCAGGCACCGUGUCGGGCAACAUCUCUAGCAUUCCGGGCACUGUCGCCAGCAGUCCAGGCACUGUCUCGAGCACCACUAGCGUUCCAGCCGCCAUCGCUAGCAUAUCAAGCACUGUCUUUAGUAUUCCAGAUACUGUAUCAAGCUCCGUCGCUAGCAACAUCUCUAGCAUUUCAGACACAGUCUCCAGCAUUCCAGACACUGUAUCAGCCAUUCCAGGUAACAUCUCUAGUGUUCCAGGGACUUUUGCUAGCAUAAGAGGCAGGGUCUCCAGCACAGUUAGUAGCAACAUCUCUAGCAUUCCAGACACUGUCUCUAGCACCGCUAGUGUUCUGGGCACUGUAUCGAGAACCGUCACUAGCAUUCCAGGCACCGUUGCUAGCAUAUCAACCACCGUCAAGCGCAUCUCUAACAUUCCAGGCACCGUCUCAAGUGGUCCAGGCCCUGUGUCAGGCACAGUCUCAAGCACCACUAGCAUUCCAGGCACCCUUGCUAGCAUAUCAGGCACUGUCAAUAGUGUUCCAGGCACAGUUUCUAGCAUUACAGGCAACAUCUCUAGCAUUCCAGGCAGAGUCUCCAGUGUUCCAGGCCCUGUGAGCCGGAGGGUCAUCAACGCUGAAGUGACUCCAUGA